AUGAAGGACUACGAGGGAGCAUUGAAUUUAAUAAGAACAACGGUAAAAUUGCUGAAAAAGGCAGACGACAAACUAGGGCUUGUAAAGCUAUUUUACCUAGAAAGUAAGGUAUUUUAUGCGCUAAAGAACAUUUCCAAAGCAAAGUCAGCAUUAACUCUCUCUAAAUCAACUGCCACGUUCGUAUAUUGUCCAUCUUUCUUACAGGCAAAAAUAGACCUGCUCUCUGGGGUAUAUGCAGCAGAUGAAAAAGAAUACUCUAUUAGUGCGGGGUACAUAAUUGAAGCAAUGGAUGGGUUUUCUCUGGCAGGUGAUAAAGAAAUGACUGCGCAGUGUUGUAGGUAUUUAAUUUUAGUUAAAAUACUCGACAAUAAAUCAGCUGAGAUACCUUCUCUACUACAGAACAAAGUACCAAGCAGCGUUAGCAAAAAUGAUCAGUGCAUAAAUAUGCUAAGCUCAAUUGGAAAGUGUGUAAUAAACAGGGACUUACGGCAGUGUAAGGAUAUAAUAGACAAAAACAUGACAAUGAUUGAAGCAGAUGAAUUCUUAAUGAACCAUUUAAUAUCGCUGUGCGAUUCAUUAAUUGAUGCCAAUAUUCUUAAAAUAAUAGAGCCAUAUUCCAACAUAAACAUAGAGCACAUAGGAAACAUUCUUAACUUUAGUAUCGAAGUGAUUGAGGACAGGAUUAGAAGAAUGAUUCUUGAUGAAAAGAUAAAGGGAGAUAUUGAUCAAGAAACAAUGUGCAUAAAUAUUCAAAGAGAUGAAGUAAAGAAGAAUUACAGAGAAGAGGCCGAGGAGAUACUUAAUGUGCUAUCAGAUGCCAUAAACACAAUAAUUUCUAAGUAA